AUGUCUUCCUCCUCAGGAGUAAACGUGCUGCGAUACACGGCCCUCGGCCUGGGCGUGUUCUACGGCUUCACACAUCAGCGAUCGAUCACAGCAAGCCAGAAGGCUGCCGCCGCCCAGAAGGAGUACGAGCGCAAGGAGAAGUUGAUCGAGCAGGCGAAGGCCGAGUUUGCGAAGAAGAACCAGCCCCUCAAGUCGGCGGCUGCUGAUGCCGGAGCCAACGUCGACCCGAUGGACCCCAAGUUCGACCUUGAGGCCUACUUUAACAACCUGGUGAAGCAGAACCCGUAA